AAAGGAGAAGGAGGGGAUAGAAGGGGAAAAAUUAAGAACGGCAGUCCACCCUGCAGAAGUGGGACGGGGAGGAAGGAAUAGUUAUUUGCACAGCCUCUCCUAUUGCCUUUCUGCCGAGUACACCAGCGAGAGUGUUCACUAGGAGAAAGCAAGCAGGGUUUGGUUACCUAGACUGAGCAGAUAGCUCCUAAUGCACCUGCGUUCCUAAAGUCUGGGCAGGAGUAUUUCCUUUGGGAGCUGCUCAGCAAAGGCUGUGGGAUACUUUUCACUAUGAAUCAGGAGCAGACAAAAUGCCAAAACCACGAUUUUGCCAGCCUGAUUUUGUCUGACUUUUUCUUUCCAACAAGUUAGGAGGCUGGAAGGCUUACUUUGACACGGGGUGGCUCCUCGCUGCCUCUUGCUGCUCUCUGCUGCAAAUUAAUGCAUCCCAUGUGUUAAUAGGGUUAUACACAGGGUCCAUUUCAACGUUCUCCUCACCAAAAAAGUAGUGAGCCAGAGCCUCACCUAAUGCUACAAACACUGACUUUGUGAUUUGUUCUGCUGCUGGGUUUCCUUGGAGCUGAGAGGAUCUGUUCCUCACUUUUAUUGCUUCUUUCUCUGUUGCCAAAGUUCAAAGAGAUGAGGUUUUAUUGCUUUCUAUCGUACAGGGAGGCACAGCAGCUUUAUGAAAUCACAAUUAAAAGGUCAUUAGCUUUGUCAGUAGCUGUGCUAAUGAAUAUGUUGCAGGAUCAUCAGAAGCAUUUUCAUGGAAACUAUGACCAACGAGGCAUUCCCAGUCCCACAGCCUUUACUCAUGCAAUCAAUCCCAUUGAUAAGACUGGCCAAAAUACCUUGCUGUUUUCAGCCACAGAAUUAUUUGAAUGACUUUCAUGUUGUCUUUUUGAUCAUAGGAAGACUGUUCCGUAUGGUCUCGGAGGCCCUUCUCGAUCCAGAAGAUCACUUAAGGACAUGGUGCCAGAGAUGCUUGCUGAACCUAGCAGCAGAUGCCGAUGUGCCAGUCAGAAGGACAAGAAAUGUCUGAACUUCUGCCAGAUGGGAAAAGAUCUCUGGGCUCAGUCCACCAUGGAGAAAACCUCACGUCACCGCAACAAAGCUGGUAAUUGCAUUGGUCCUAAAUGCAUGAACCGACAGCUUGUUGACAGCAAGAAAAUGAAGCGGCUGGAAGCCAUUGGUAACAGUAUCAAAGCUUCCUUCAGUAUUGCAAAACUGAAAGCUGAGCUCCAGAAAGGGCGGAAGCUGAAACAUAACAGGGCAAACAAAAAGCAAAGCAUCUGGGAAAGCCUGAAAGCAUCCUAGUGGGAAGAUCACCCGAAUGUUUCUCCAUCAAACUUGCUGACAAAGCGUCACCAAAACUCUCUCUUGACUUCUAACAUUCCAUGGCGGCGAAGGGCCUCUCUGUCCAAGUUUGUGCAGCAAAGUAAAACACUAAGGAAGUCCCGUGUUUGGAGGUAUAAGAGCAAAGGAUUUCAUCAUUCUAGAAUUCAGAUGGAUGGGUAGAAGGGGUGAAGAGGAAUGCACAGUAACAUACAUGAAAAGCCAUCUUUCUGAAGAAACAUUUGAAUAUUACUUCUGGAACGUUACCCAUCAAUUGAGCAGCUUUCAGGGUCUACAUCAAAAGCAUCUUGCAAGGAAGACCUCAGAGGUGUGCUUAGAAAGGACAGAAAGCAAGAUUUUAGUGGACAAACUUCAAAGCAAAAAAACUUUGCCUUUUGAUUAAAAUACAAAAAUGAAAGCCACAGAGCUAAUUUAAUCAGGACUUAUUGCAUAUAUACAUGUCUACCUCGCGUACUGUUGCACUCCUGCUAGAGUAUUUUUACACCUUGUUAUUGCCUUUACUAAUCAGCUGCAACCCUUUGCCUAUUUUCAGAAGUCUAGUUUACUUGUACAACCAGAGUUAUCUGAAUGUGGGUUAGACACUGUGGUUUGUUUGCAUAGUCAAAGUCCUUUGGUUUUGAAUACCAAAGGACUCUUCAGCAUAAGAUAAAAGUUAAGAGGACAUUACUAGGUUUCCCAUAACAAGGAUAUUUGGCUAACUGAAGUUCUAAUAAUAGAGGUUGUUGUGUCUUACAUGCCACCAAAAAUGCACUGAAGUGGGGAUGUACAAGCGGCUGUUGUAAGACUUAUUUGGUGCCUUGUUUGGUGGAAAUUCGUUGAGACAAAGGGUUGUUUUGAAUUAUGUCAAAAGGCUAAUAUUGGGUGAAUGUUUAUAGCAGUGAAUUUGUUCACAUUGUUGAAUUUGCUGACAGGUUGAAUCUUACAUGCUUUUUUUUGUUUGUUUUGUAUUUAUAUUCACACAAGUUCUUCCUUAUAUUUACCAUGUUGAAUACACAUUGAAGUAGGCCAUAUUGGUCUAUGCAUGUUUUAUGUAUUUCUGUAUGAAAUUGGGAAAUGCUUUAUGCCUAUCAAGGUAAAUAUCUUCAGAAAUAAAUAUUUUUAAUUACUGUA